GGUUCUCCAAGUUGACCAUUGUCGCCUCCAAUGAUAUAAACGAGGAGACCAUACUUAGUUUGAAUGAGCAAGGACAUAAAAUCGAUUGCUUCGGAAUUGGAACGCAUUUAGUAACUUGUCAACGUCAACCUGCGUUAGGAUGUGUUUACAAGUUGGUAGAAGUAAACGGACAGCCUCGCAUUAAGCUGAGUCAGGACGUCGGCAAGGUCACGAUACCUGGUCAUAAGGAGGCAUACAGGUUGUUUGGAGCUGAUGGGCAUGCAUUAAUUGAUCUUCUCCAAAGGUCUUCGGAACCUGCGCCGAUUAUUGGACAGAAAGUGUUAUGUCGACAUCCUUUCCAGGAAUCCAAAAGAGCUUACGUCAUUCCAAGUAAAGUGGAACAUCUUUAUAAGGUAUACUGGAGCGAUGGGGGCAUUUGUAUUUCCCCUAAGCCGUUAUCUGAAGUGCGAGAACGGGUGCAGUCGUCUCUACGCACGCUCCGGCAAGACAUCAAGCGGAACUUGAACCCCACACCAUACAAGGUGGCAGUUAGUGAUGAUCUUUACAACUUUAUCCACGAUCUGUGGCUUCAAAAUGCACCUAUUGGAGAACUAUCAUGAAGUUUAUAGAAGAAAAUUUUAUGGAGAUAUUAUAUUAUAGUCGUCGAUUCCUUAAAAAAAUUAUCGCGUUUUUAAGCGCAAAGAAUAAUAACUAGUUUAAUAGUAGUUGGGGCUGUGUUAUAUUAUUUAUUCAUAUUGUGCAAGUUCAAAUUGGUAAUGUAAUUAUUAUUAAAGUUUAUCGUUACUACAAUAUUUAGCUUGGUAUGUUUUAGAUAGGAUUUGUUGUUUAAGAUAUGUAAAAGAUUUAUUAAAAUUUUUAUUAGAAAUUAGUUUUAUUAGAAAUUAAGAAGUACAACUGCAGUAUAAAAAUCCUUUGAACAAUGUAUUUUUUUAUUGUUUUCUAUUAUAGUUUUAGGUUUAACAUUCUUUUGUCUUAGUGCUUAGUUAUUACAAAUUAUCGUACAAGACUUUAUUAAGUUUAAAAGUUUAAUAAUAAGCAAAAGUAAAUAAAAUGUUUAUAUUGCGCUUAGAUUUAGUUUCAUCGGUGAGUGCAUGUAGUAGUUUUAGUGGCAUAAAAAUAAAUAAAUUAUUGGCUUGCUUGUCAUGGUGAAACGGUUAUGCACUUGUCACGUUUAUAAUUAGGCCACUCUAGUGGUAAUUUAUAUGAAACCAGAGAUAAAAUAAAAAAGAUUUAUUUUUUUAGAAUUGUCUAUUGAUUAUUUUUAAAUCGUGUUUUUAAAAUUCAUAAACGAGAUGACAGCAAUUUAAAUACCUAGUCAAGUCAUAAGUAUUGUCACACAGUAAAAACUUUUCUUUUAGAAUGGUGGCCACAAAAAAGUUUAUUGAAUUCGAAUUUCGAAUUGUUCAUGAAAAUAAAACUGUAUACUUUUUAGAAUUUUACUCAUUUUUAAAUAUGGAGUGGACGCUUAAAGAAGACCGUGUUGCAGUUAUUGCGUUGCAUCGUUGCGGUUACGCGCCAAUUCAAAUUUUAGACAUACUGAAAAAUUGGAAUAUAACCAAAAGAUUCGUUUAUCGUACCAUCAAACGAUACAAUGAAGACUCUAGUGUAGAUGACAAGUCAAGAAGUGGUCGCCCUCAGUCUGUUAGGACUCCAGCAGUGAUAAAAGCUGUGAAGGCGCGAAUUCUAAGAAAUCCCAAACGUAAGCAGAAACUGUUGGCCCUUCAGAUGGGGUUAAGCACCACGGUGAAAAGGGUGUUAAAUGAAGACUUGGGGCUUCGGGCAUAUCGAAGAAAAACAGGACAUCGUUUAAAUGCUCGUCUAAUGGAUCUGAGACUGAAGAGAUGCCGCGCUUUGUUGAAGCGAUACGCGGGAAAAAAAUAUCGGGAAAUUAUUUUUUCGGAUGAAAAAAUUUUUACCGUAGAAGAGAGCUACAACAAACAAAAUGAUAAGGUGUACGCACACAGUAGUGAAGAAGCGAGCAACCGUAUUCCGCAUGUCCAACGAGGUCAUUUUCCAUCCUCGCUCAUGGUAUGGUUGGGAGUUUCUUAUUGGGGCUUAACAGAGGUACAUUUUUGUGAGAAAAGUGUAAAAACGAAUGCAUUUGUGUAUCAAAUACAGUCCUGACGAACCUUUUGGAACCUGUUUCUCAUACCAUGUUCAAUAACAGGCACUGGGUAUUCCAACAAGAUUCGGCGCCAGCUCAUAGAGCGAAGAGCACACAAGACUGGCUGGCGGCGCGUGAAAUCGACUUCAUCCGGCACGAAGACUGGCCCUCCUCCAGUCCAGAUUUGAAUCCGUUAGAUUACAAGAUAUGGCAACACUUGGAGGAAGAGGCGUGCUCAAAGCCUCAUCCCAAUUUGGAGUCACUCAAGACAUCCUUGAUUAAGGCAGCCGCCGAUAUUGACAUGGACCUCGUUCGUGCUGCGAUAGACGACUGGCCGCGCAGAUUGAAGGCCUGUAUUCAAAAUCACGGAGGUCAUUUUGAAUAAACAUUAGUGUCAUAAGAAUCUGUUUUGUUAAGUUCAUUAUGGUAUAUAAAUGGUUACAUAAUGAAUAAACUUGUUUCAAUUAUUUUAUAUUAAACAUGUGACAGAAUUUAUGACCUGACUAGGUACGUAACAAUUGAAGUACUUUAUAUAUUCCAUAAAUUAUAUUUAUUUUUAGUUAUGUGUAUCAUAUAAUAUAUAUCGUGUUACCUUUUAUAUAUUAUAUAAUAUAAACAUCGUCGCUAGUCAAACAAAAUUUUAGAAAAAAUUGCCUUAUUACCAAAGCAGUUGAAAGAAAAUAUUUUUAUGAAAAUGUACAUUUAAUUUAAAAUUUUGUACACUAAAAAUUUAAGCAAUAAAAUAUAAAACAUAGAACUAUUUUAAGACUACUUACAAAAAUAAACUAACAAAUCAGGGCCCAAACGUAGUUAUUAAACUAUUUCUACAACUAUUAUGGGAAAUACUUUUUUCUUUGUAUAAUGAGUAAUGAUGAAGCAGCACAGAAUUAUGGAUAAUAAUAAUUCAGUCGUGUUUAAAAUUUUUAAACUUUUGUUCAGCUUUAUAUUUAACACCAUUAUUUAAAAUUAUAAUUUCUGUUUCAAUCAACUUUGUUUACAUAUGCAAACAAUCUUUAGCAAAAAAUAAAAAUUAACAUUGCAAACUAAUGGACACAUAACGUUAACAUAUUGUUGUUUAAAAAAAAUUUACCUUGUAAUAUUUUUUAAGAUAUUUGAAAAAAGUCUUUACUUUUUUGAAAUAUUACAGGAAAUCUGAUAAGAACAUACUAUAAGUAUAGUUAUUUAUUCAGGAGCAUUUUUCAUAAUUACUUCUAGCUAGGGGUUUGGAAGAAAUGUACGGUCAACAUAAUAUGUAAACACACAAGUCUAAAUUACGCCUAUUUAUUGUAUUAUAUAUUUAAAAAUUAACCUGUUAUAUCAGAUAAUUGUUUGGAGCUUCAUAUUAAUUGUCUACCGAAUUUAUUAUUAUUAUGCCACACGAGAAUACUUUUGCAUACAUCCGCAGUCCCACCAACGCAACGCCAGCCGCCACCUGGCAGCUUCUUUGGGGAGACAGUUUCACUCCCUUUUCUUCUUUUUUGCGCAGGAUUAUAUGCGUUUCGCACUACAUAAGUAAAUCUAUUUUAAGUGGCUACGUUGAAAUUACGUGAUAAAAAGUACCUAAAAUGGUAUAAUAAUAAUAAAUUUUAUUGCCACUAAGUAAUGUUUACAAUAUUUAUCCAUAUGACAUUUGAACAAAUGAUAUGAGUUAUAACAUAUACAAUUGUAUGCACUACCGUCUACACUAGGCCGAGUAUGUAUCUCAAGCUGAGAUUUAUAGACCGUAGGUACUUUGACUUUGCUCAGACUUUAGUUACGAAAACUAUGCUUAGAAUAAUCUUUGAUUCUGAAUUUAUAGUUGAAUCGGCCUAAGAUUAAGCUAAGCAUAAGCUAAGGCCCAGACAGUCAACAAAUUAAUGGAUACUUUCAACGUUUCCACGCAUUAUAUUCUUGAGUUUAACCGAUUCGUUGCGGCACCAAUUUUCGACAACUUUUAGCUGUGGCGGCGAACAAAUAUUUCACGACACCGGGCGUGUCAAGCGCCACAGACAGGCGCCUAUUGUGCCAUCCGCCAUGUGUAAAAGUAAUGUUCUUUUUUAUGCUUUCUUUACUUGUUUAGACCUAAUUAAGUUUAUUUGACAUCAAAUAUAAGUUACACAUGGAAGGAUACUUGUUUUUAGUGGGUAACUACGUGUUUUUUUACGCGUUUUCUUUGAAAUUGAGAGAAAGUGACUUUUUAUGAGGAGAUUACAAACCUUUUGUACUAUUUUUUGUUGUUAUAAAAAAUCAUUUAUAUAAGUAUGUACAGCUAAAUCACCCUGGAAACCUUGGUUUUUAUUAAAUUAAAUUUUCACCUAAUAAUAACAUUUGUAAAUAUCAAACAAUGAAGAACCUUAAUUUGAAAAAAAAAAGGUAUAUCAUUCAUUGAUAUUUACAAAUGUUAAAUAUUAUUUAAUGUUAUACAAAUGUAAAAGUAAAGUCGAUCUGAAAACGUCUAAUUAGUAAGAAUAGCAAAACAAGUGUUUUCAAAAGGAAGAAAACGCCGGCGCUAUACAGCGGCGGAUUGACAAAAGACUAUUUAUUAGCGAACUUUUUUUGUGCAUGAACGGUUUCGAACUGUUUCUAGCAAAAAUAAACCUUAUACCAUAUCACAAGAGCAAAUGGUAACUUCGUAGGUCCAUUCGGCCAUAUGAUAGUAAUAAGACGGCAGCUCAACCAUUUUAAGCAAAAUUAAACAAUAAGACAAACGCAUUGUUUUUUUUAACAGGAGACUUGUUUUCCAGAAAUUUAUUUACAACUUGAGUGUGUAAGCGUUCGCAAUGAGUGCUAUUAUUUGUUACUUAUUAGACAAUUUUUCCAUAACAUGAUUUAAAACCCACAAAGUAAAAGUAGUACCAUGUACACGUUAUAAAAAGGUUGUCAACCCCUAAAAAUUUCAAAUUUUCAAAAUAUGCAGAAACGAAGCUGCACGCAUGAAUUACUCGCAAAUUAAUGAAUAUUUUGUUGUGGAUAAAUUUUCCAAAAAAGCAAUUUGAGCGAGUUAUAACGAUUUUUAAAAAGAUACGACUCGCGUGUCAUACGCCGUCAUACGCCACACAAAAGUAAUCGAUGGCACGCCAGGCGUGUCAUCCGCACUGAACCGGUUAAUAUAUAAAAUUUAAUAUUUGAAAAUGGAAAACUGUCUAUAUUGUAUUUCAUAAAUGAGUUAUUAGAACGGGAACGGAUGAGAAGAGUGCAAAAUUAGAAAAAAAUGUUUUAAGGAAUUCGAAAUAAGUUGAAAUUACGUUAAUAGAAAAGGGAUUAAUGCUUUUUAAAACUAGGAAGCUGCCUAAAACUACCUAUUUAUUAUUAUAAAUAAUUAGAAUAACAUAAUAACAAUAAUUUAAAAUUAAUACGGUGGUUUUGGAUAAUAUUAUUAGAAAAUUGCCUUAUAGGGAUAUUUGCACUGUUGCCGUUUGAUAGGCGGGUGGGUGUGCGAAUGCAGUUUUUUUACCUUUUAUUAGGAAGUGCAGCAUAAUUUUUUUUCUUUUGUCGCCACUUACGACAAUUCGGGACGAACAUGUGGAUAUUCUUACACCACCGCUAUAUCGUCAAUUUACAUCAAAAUUACUUUUAUUUACAAUGGUUUCGGUUAAUGAAAGUUUAUCGGUUAGUAAUCUUCUUACUUUCCCAGUUAUUUAAUAAUUGACAAGAUCAAAUUAUAAAAAUAUAUAGGCCUAUUUUUGCAAUACAAUUUUGAACUUUUAUAAAAUACUGAGUAAAUACAAAAAGCACAAUUUGUAUGUUUUACUAUGUCACAAAAAUAACUUUAUAUCCGCUUGUAAUAUUAGAAAUUAGGGGAAAAUAUUUGAUUAAUAUAAAAUCUCUUUU